ACUAGGACCCAGUGGCGCCCGUGGCGACGAGCGGAGCGGCCGCCGGGUCGAACUACAAACCGUAGCGGCGACUCUGACUCACUUUCCCCGCACAGAGGCAGACGGAGCUCCGCCGCUGUGUCUGAGCUCGCGCCUCGUGCUGCUACAACCGUUCAGAUGAAACUACCGGAGGAUUAUUACCGGAAACACGCUGGGUGAGCCGCGGUCGCGCGUCACGUCAGACAUGGACACCAAGCGCCAAAGUGUGGUGGUGGAGCGACUCGUAAAUGAGUUGGGAUCCCUGCUGAAGAUGUUGGAUCAGGAGACGGUCAGUCCCGCCACUGCCGACAAGAUGGCCUCCGUACGAAACGUCCUGGACUCAUUGCAGCUAUCGGUCAAUGGACCAGACGUCUACAUGAACAGCUGUCUCUAUGGCAACGGCACAAGCUUUGUAGAGUCUUUGUUUGAAGAUUUUGACUGUGAUUUGCACAUGCUCAGUGUGUCUCCGGUGGAGCAGAAAGAGCCCAAAGAGGAAGAGGAGAAGACUCAACCUAAUAAAUCUACACCUUCCGACACGCCCCCCCCUCCUCUUCCAACCACCCCACUUCCUGAUGACUACUAUGAAGAGGCUGUUCCUCUGGAUCCUGGAUCCACCCCUCAGUACUUUACCACCAAUAUGAACCCUUCCACAAACUCAGUGGAGGAUGCUUACUAUGAAGAUGCAGACAAUAACUACCCCAUCACCAGGAUUAACGGUCCUCCGAAAAACUCCUACAAUGACUCAGACGCUCUGAGCAGUUCCUACGAGUCUUACGAGGAAGAGGAUGAGGAGGCAAAGGGGCGGGACCAAGCUCAGCGAUGGACGGCGGAGGAGAGCCCCGAUGGACCGGUUCGAGACUGCCGCAUCUGUGCCUUCCUGCUGCGAAAGAAGCGCUUUGGCCAAUGGGCAAAACAGCUCGUUGUGGUGCGAGACAACAAACUGCAGUGUUACAAGAGCAUCAAAGAGAGCGCUCCGCUCACAGAGCUCCCGCUGAAUCUGUGCAACGUCAUCUACGUCCCGAAGGAGGGCAGGAAAAAGAGACACGAGUUGCGCUUCUCGUUGCCUGGAGGCGAGGCUCUGGUCCUGGCCGUUCAGAGUAAAGAGCAGGCCCAGCGAUGGCUCAAGGUGGUGCAAGAGGUUGGCAGCCAAUGCAGCAACACUGAAAGACCAGAUUGUUCCACUUCACCCAUUAUACAGAGGAAGCUGGAGCUUGACAAGGUGCUACAGUCUGAUCGGCAGGCAUCAGACUCGGACAGCGGGCCGACAGCGGACAGUCAGUCCACUGCACAUGCACCAGGACGGGACACCACCGACUCACUCAACCGGGCGAAGCGCGGAGCGUUCUCAGAGCUGACGGGGUCGAUGAGCCGAGCAGCAGGGAAGAAAAUCAAUCGGAUCAUCACUUUCUCCAAACGGAAACCUCCUUUACCGGGAGAGCCUCACUCCUCCUCCUCCUCUGGUCUCCAUGACAACCCGCGCUGUGGCUACCUUAGUGUGUGUCUGAGCGGCUCGUGGAAGGAGCGCUGGUGUGUGGUGCGAGGAGGAAGCCUGUACCUGCAGAAGGACCCUGGGGACCAGCGGCCCCCCGUCAUUGUGGUGCCACUCAAAGGGGCAGACGUGGUGCCGGGCGGCCCCGGCCCCAAACACCCCUUCUCCUUCCGCAUCCUGCAGGGAGGCAGUGAACUGGCAGCUUUAGAGGCCAACUGCUCCGAGGAUCUUGGCCGCUGGCUUGGUGUUUUGUUCGCAGAGACCGGGAACUGCACUCUCCCCGAAGAGCUGCACUACGACUACAUCGAUGUGGACACGCUCACUGACAUACGGCACGCUGCCAGACACUCCUUCCUGUGGGCCACCACCACUGCUACUUCCUCCGGCAGCGACUCCAGAACGUAUGAUGAGGUGUAUGAAAGUGUCGCGGACGAGGAUGACGAGAGCCGGUCCGGCCAGGUGAGACGCCACGCCUCCUUCUCCAGCAGGGACUCUGAAAAGACUGAACAGCAGGCCACCAUCAAGAGACACGUCUCCAGUGUAAAUCAGUACGCGCGGUACGGGAAGACGCGAGCAGAGGAGGACGCCCGGCGGUACCUGAAGGAAAAAGAGGAGCUGGAGAAGCAAAAGGAAGAGCUGAGAAGUGCCCUGAUUUCCCUCCGCAGGGAGAAGAAGGUGGUGAAGGAGAUGAAGAGUGACACAGGUCAUGAUGUGGAGCAGCGGUUAGCCAAGCUGGAGACGCUGUGUAAACAGAAGGAGGAGGAGAGGGUGGAGCUAGAGCUCCGACUGACCGAAGUCAAAGAAAACCUGAAGAAAUCAUUGGCCAGAGGAGCACUGGGCCCGCCCACUGACACCAAGAUCAGUGUCAAGGCACAGGGCAGUAAAGUGGAAAAGGUUUACCAUGAGACUUUUCCGGUGAACUCAGCAUCUGAGCUUCGUAAACGUCCUCCAUCUCUUUACGCCUCCUCCAGGGGUAAUGUCAUGCAGAAAGCAAAGGAGUGGGAGUCAAAGAAGGGCACCUAGACUGAACGCGAACGGGUCGACCGAUGGAUUUAUGGGGUGGAAAAACUGAGCCGUUACGUGAGGAUGUGUAAAGGAAGUAACAGAUGAAGAACAGGAACAAGUGGCACACAGACGAGGAAGAAGAGGAGGAGGUGGCGGACAGAAUGUCACAUUCUUCCCUCCUCUUAUCUGAAGACGUAAAGGAAUCUCUGCAAGUAGAGGCAGCUCGGUGCUGUCUCAACCACUGUAGAUACGACAGACUUGACUGAUGCACCAGUACAGUAUUAACGUGGAGCACUACGAACACAAAAUCGAAUACGUUUGCGUGAGUUUGCAUGUGUUUGCAUUUGCACAGGGCUGCAGGGAUUGAAAAUGUGCUUCUAUGUGUUUCAUAGAGGCGCAGAGCAAAGGGAGCGUGUGGUUCAUCAACACUGUGAGUUCAGAGCAACAGACGAGACGUCACAUCGACACCCACUGAUUUUAUUCCCUUUGAAAGUGAUAUUAGUCACUGUCAAAUUUAAAAGUUAUGAAAUUAUGAUAUUACCAUAAAUUAUCGCUGUUGGUGAGAGAAGCAUCUCACAUCUUGUGAUGUAGUUAAACCAUUAGUGAGAUAUAUUUAGUAUGACACUGUUUCUCUACGCCAACAAGUAAAUGUUAAUUAUUGCAAUGUGAAACUAUUGGUCUUUAACCAUUAUGUGUAUAUUUUUCAUAUUUGCAUUUUGCACUUUAUCUUGUUGUAUUCUGUGAUUACACAAAUGUCCAGGAAAUUAAACCUCCGUAUUCCUAUUAGCAGAGUCGUGUGAGGAUAAAGUGACCAAGUGUCUGUUUUUACCCUGCUCAUCAGAGACAUGAACAAACACACGUUGAAGUAAACGGUAACUUUAAUCAAG